AUACUCGCGGGAGUUUAUAAACUUGAGAAAAGGCCCAAUAUUUCUAUCAAAAGAGGGUUUGCAUAUAGACGUAUAAACAUUUUGGAAGUGUGUUUGGAAAUACAGCAGGACAUUUAAUGCUAUGGAUGAUUUGCUCUUCUAUUUAAUAAAAUUAUAGUAGGUGGUCAAUUUAAAAAGAGAUUGCAUCAUGGUGUUCAUAUGUGAUCAGUGUGGUAUGAUGUUUGACACUGAGAAGGCACUAGUGCAGAGUCAUAUAAACCCAUUCCAUCUGUUACCAGAAAUAAUGUCAUCAGUCAAAAGGAAGGUACUGCCACACAAAGACAGCAAUAUUUCUUUGGAUGGUAAUCAUAACAGCUUGUUUAAGUCUUUUGCGGAGCAACUUCAUUUAAAUAACAUAUCCUCAUUGGACCCCAAUCAGCUGAGAGUCCAGGCUGUCAGCAGUUUGAAGGAAACACCACAGGUUUUAGUAAAUGGUAAAGGUUAUGAUUUAUCCAUGUUUAUCACUGAAGGCAGCUGGGAAGGGUACCUGUUGAGAAUGAGCGAAGCACAAACAGACGGAGAUCAUGUGAUUCUUCAACGACUCUGUCACAUCUACAAUGUACAUGUUGAAAUUAUUAUUGAAGGCAUGCCAACAAUGAUGAUUGAGCCAUUAACUAGGAAGGAUUUAUCCUGUAUAGUGAUGCUAGCACUGGAUUCCAAUAAUAACUUCACCAGUAUUAAGCCUGACCAGAGUAGAAACAAAGUUGCUAUUCCUCUGACAAAGACUCAAACCUUUCCGUUUGAUGUUCAAAACAUCCAAGCCACUUUGGAGUUAAGGGAUUCUGCUGAGACGGAAGCAGUCACCGUGUUAACAAAUUUAGGGAUUCAAAGAAAUUCAAAGGAUGUGCCACAUGUACCUGAUAAGUACGACAAGAAACUACCAAAGAAAAAACAACCAAAGACAAAACAAUCAAAGAAACUGAAAAUAAGAAUUUCUUCUCCUGUUGUUGGUAAUGAUGCAAUGUGUACUGAUUUCCACAACCAUAAACUAUUAAAGGAGAAAGAAAAGAAAGGCAUCUGUAAUGAAAGAAGGCAGAGCAGCCACAUUUUUAGAGAACCAAAAAUUGAUUUAUUUCAAAAUGACGAAGCAAUGCCAUAUUUUCAAAAAGGCAACAGCAGAGGAAUGACGGCAUUCAACGUUGUAAGGAUACUACUUGACAAGCACCCUGUGACGUGCAGUAAGCGACCGUUUAGCUGCAAAGAAAAUGCUGCAUUCCUUGUGACAUUAUCCAGCACUUGUUUAUUUGAAGAUAUCACUUAUGAUGAUAUGACGUGGAUAAGCUCAGGGAGGCGCACCUCAGGACUCGUGCUCAACAAAAAUGGUGACAUGUAUGAGUGUGUCAAAGUUUUGCCUAAAACUAGUAACACAGACUUCACACUGACACGCAUAUAUCGGAAGAACUCUUCAAAUGAAAAUUUCCGUUGCAUUAUUAGCCAUGUGAAAGAAUACAAUGCGAUUGUGAAUAAUCUUGUUUUGAUUCAGUAUUAUUUUAUUGGUCCACCAACUUUAUUUACUGUUAGACCACAUGGUAAUUCAAAAAGCAUUGCUUCAUUCAAACCAACAAAACCAUCCACAAAACGACUGCUAAAAGAGAUGCUACAGGUUGAGCCACCGAGUGAGGCGAUACGACACGUGAGACGCAUCAUUAAAGGCAAAGCUGACAGAAAGAAUGCUAAUUGUGACCUACCGCUUGGAAAACAGCAAGCAUAUGAUAUGAACAGGAGGAAAAGGCGGAAAACAAUUUCUAAGAUCUAAAUGAAAACAGCUACCAUCCCUUUUUUUUUUUAAUUUUUCAGAAACAAUAUGAAAACAAUUUUAAAAACUUUAAAAAACUGUUUUCAAAGGGACUUUAUUUGAAAGCAAUAUAAACAACAAUAAUAAACAUGAAGAAAUACAUAACAGAUGUAAGGUGGAGCAUUCAAGUUGAAGGAAUUAAACCAUACUUGAUAAGAAAUGCAUGAAUAACGAUGAGCAAAUGAAUCUAAAUGAAGGAGUUAAAUUUACGUGUUGUAAUUGCAAUGUAAGCAUUGUAAUACACCACUGAAGAUGGCAGUUAUACUGCAGAAACAUAUUUGUGAGAUAUUUAACAAAACAGCUAGCCUGCUUUUUUUUUUUUUUUUUUUUUUUGGUCUGCUUGAAAUCAGUUGUGAUUUUAUUAAGAUACUGUAUAAAUAUUCUAAUGAUAAUGUAAAACACUAUCAUCAGCAAAGUGAUUAAUGACACUCCAACAAUGAUCCUACUAAAUCUAUUAAUAAUAAUAUUAAGCACAAACGUUUUAUAGAUCACCUUUGUGGUUUUAUCAACAAAAUGUGUUAAAGCUAAGAAAUUAAGCCAUCUUGUUUAUUCAUAUUAUGUGCUUUCAACCAAACCUUGUAAUUGCAACUGAUUUUACAAUACAAAAUCUGGAGAAUAA